GAAAGAUUUGCCUUGAAUCCUAUUCCACAAUCGACUACUCGCCAUUUGGGCCAAAGAAUUCACUGAACCUCACUUCCAAGUCGAAACACAUGGUGUACAUCUUCAAUCGUCUCGAUUUGCACCUUUCGAUUGCCCAAGCAUCCAUCGCUACCUAACACAUAUCAAGUCUCACUUUCCCCGACCUUGAUGAACAGUCCACCUUCAGAUCCACCUCGUCAAGAUGGCAGGGCUCAGUACACCCAACCCUCGGCAGCAGCCGUCGAAACAGAUGUCCUCGAGACUUCUAAACAUGAAGUUCAUGCAACGUGCCAGUGCCUCCACCCCUACUAGCGCGACUUCGACCCCCAAAACCCAACCAUCAUACACAAAUACUCCAACCACCGAACCAUCUAGCAAACGUCGCAAAAUCGCCAGUGCCACAGAUUCUCCCUUUGCCUCCGACCCAGCCUCUCCCAUAGGUACUCCUUCUGAAGGCUUUGGCAGGUUAGGAACUAGCACUUUUGUUCGUCCUCCAGGUGCCGAAACAGAAUGGGUACUUGAUCUCAACGACAAAUUCUUGCAGCCAGCGGGUCCCGCAGCGCUUGUCGCAAAUAAACAUGUGACCAAUGGUCAGGGCAAGAGUAGCAACAACUCGAUCCCGGGCUUAGGCGACGUCAGUUCAGGUGCAGAAUCCGAGGGGACGGACGAGGACAUGUGGCGCAAUCAACCUCCAGGCCGGCAAACCUUUGGUGUUUACAAAAAGAAGCAGAGAACACGGACGUCUACAUCUAACCAGCCGACCGACGAUGACAGUAACGGUGACUCUGAUGAAGGCUCCGACUCCGGUUCUGAUUCAGAGAACGGCUCUCAAGACAGUGAUUCUGAUUCGGCCGACUCAUCACCUCGUUCAAAAUCACGGUCAAAUUCAAAGAAGUCAACGGGAAAUCAAAAGACAUCUACCCGAGACGUUGAUUCAGAUGAAGAAAUGAGGCGUGUUCGUCGCGAAAUGGAGCAAAAGCACAGCCGUAUGGCAGGAACCAGCACGCCAAAGUCGACAAAAAGCCCGUAUGGACCCCGUGGCAGCAACACCGGCUCGCGACCGCAGCAUAAAUCUAGCUCUCGACGAACCCCAGGUUCUGGAAGUAAGAGAAAACACGGCCAGGACACAGCGGCGAACGGGAACAAAAAGAGAAAAGGAGGCAGUGGAAGAGGCAGAAGCUAGACUCAUUCCUCGCACGGCGAUCUUUGAAAGUGGUCAAACACGGCCAAGACCAUCGCGAAGCAAUCCAUGAUACGACCUUACAGUCGACCUUUGCAGUCUGGCAACCCUCCAGCGCCCACAAUGACAGCUUAAUAUGUUGUUUUAUUCUUAUCGACAGCUCGAUACGCUGUGUAUCCUUGUUAUCAACAGCACAUGUUAGAGUCUUUGGUCUCAUCCCAUUCCGUCAGCGACCAAUGAUGUCUCUAAUCAUUUCUCCAACGGUGUCCCUCUUCCUUCGUCUUGAGCGACUUGCCCUCACCUCUGGACUUCUCUCCCUCCUCCUGCCUCCUCGGGACCUAGACCUUGUCUUUCGUACCAUGGUCUCCCAGUAGGAACCAUUCCAUCUUGGAAGAGGGCUGCCGCUCCUUUGGCUUGAAAUGCGGCUUCUACGCCGACCUGUCUCCCGAAGAUCCUCUUGGUCACUAGAUUCGUAUGUUGGAGUGCUUUCUCGCAUAGCGGACGAGUCUGACUCGCUUGCCCUCUCGUUCUGUCGUCCAAGGGGGUGAGAUUUGGAUCGAUGCUCAGGCCGUAGCCGGAAGGGGGACCCCAUCGGAGAAUCCUCUCGAGAGCGACCUCUGGGUUCCGAGCGACCACGAGAAUGGUGUUCUUCAGCCCUAGUCCGACUCUGAAUUGGAUUUUCUUGUCGAGAAUGAUCUCUAGGCGGCACACGGUCACGAGAAGGAU